AUGGGUUUCUCGGAUGGGUAUAUGAAUGUACUGUACGUGGCGAUAGCCGGAUUUGGGAUCUUCGGCAACGCGAACAUCAUAUGGGUGUCGAUCAGAAAGCCGUAAGAUUUGAUCUGGAUGUAAUAGGAAGAGUAUUUAUUAGUCUGUCGGGAAAAUAAUGAGCACUCUGUCGAUGCACCAUCUGUUGCUGAAAUAAAAAGCAAUUUGAUUUUGUCACGACACAAUUCAUUUUGUCGGUGGCAAAGCGAUUUUCGAAGCGACAGAAUGCUCAUUAUUUUCCCGACAGACUGAUAUUAGAUGGGCGUCUAGACAUGUUCUUGCACCAGCUUUUUUUGAGUUGGUCUCAAAAAAUGAAAAGUCGAAAAAAUAAUGUGGAUUUGUCGCAUCAAAAUGUCUGCCCUCGUCUCAGUCACCAAAUCGCCAGUGGCGACUAGCCGCCGUAGACGCUGAUGGGUUAUUUCAGGGCACAAAAAAACCACAUUAUUUUCCCGACAGACUGAUAUCGUUCUGUCGAAAAAAUAAUGUGGAAUUGUCGCCUCGCCGCAGCCACCAUAUCGCCAGUCGCGGCGAGCCGUCGUAGACGCUGAUGGGUCAUUUCAAGGCACGAAAAAUCCAUAUUAUUUUUCCGACAGACUCAUAUCACCCUGUCGGAAAAAUAAUGUGGAAUUGUCGCCUCGCCGCAGCCACCAAAUCGCCAGUCGCGGCGAGCCGUCGUAGAGGCUGAUGGGUGAUUUCAAGGCACGAAAAAUCCACAUUAUUUUCCCGACAGACUGAUAGAAGCCACUUUCAGAAGCCUCCGGGGGAAUUGUCAUAUUUUCAUCGCGGUAACCGCACUCGGCGACAUCUUCCAUCAGUCUGCCCACUUCAUCUCCGCUUAUUACAAAUUCAAGUUCGGGGGAAGCGUUGCGCAAAUCCAAUGUUUCUACUCAAUGUGUGUGCCGUUGUACGGCGCGUUGUUGACUCCAUGCAUGCUGUUGUUCAUCUCGCUGGACCGAUUGAUCUGUAUUUUAAAGCCGUUAGCGUAAGUUGUGGUGCUUUGUAAGGGUUAAAGUGGAUGCAGUCUCUUUGCCGUUAGCUUAUAUUGCGGUCAGAUUUGUGGUAAAGUAGAGUGAGGGACCUGAUCCAGUGGCAAAGCACGAACGAUUUUGCAUCCCGGGAGUAUGAAAUAAUGUAGCAAAAUGCCUCCCUUUCCAACUAAAAAAACUCCGAUUUUAACAGCCCGCCCGCUCUCUUUUGUGAGGGAAACGGCGCGCCCUUCAAAGCGGAGUUUUUUCACUUGGAGAGGGAGGUGUUUUGCCACAUUUUUUGAUACUUCCCGGAUGCAAAACGGUACGUUUUUUUUCCACUGGAUCAGGUCCGUCACUGUAGUGAUAAGGUAUGUGUUGUAUAUGCCACAAUUCGGUUAUAAUAUAUGUAUAAUAUUUCCAUUCCUAUAAAAUCAUCACUUUAGCUACUCCUCAAUUGGUGGCCGGAAGUACAUGUUCGUGAUUCUGGCACUCGUCUUUAUUUUCCCCCUACCCACUUCGAUUGUGGGCUACAUCUCCGUCCAGAACUAUUUGUACGACGACGUGCCUUGCUUGAUUAUCAACGGAUACGUCGACGAAGGCACAACGCUCUUCUUGGGCUUGUCCAGCCUCCUCAAUGUGCUCACGGUGCUUCCGUACGCGAUAAUCCGGAUUCGGGCGGGCGACAAAAAGUUCGCGCAGAACCGACAGAUUUUGAAGUCUGUGGCGAUUGUGAGCAUCGUCAUGUGUGCGGCGUGCGUGAUUACCAACUUGAAUGGGACGAUUUGGAAGCUGUUUGUGGAGCGAAUCCCCGAGAUGGCCACAUUACUCCCUGGACUGGCCGUCAAUUUGAGUAUAGCCAUGAACUAUCCGAUUUAUUUUUUCGUAAAGUAAGUUGCAGUGGUGGUGAAAGUUUGUGGUGAGCCCACAUUAUUUUCCCGACAGACUAAUACUGGGGAAUUUCAAAAGAUCAUUUUGGACUGUGCAUGGUCAGCGUGGCCAGUUAUCAGGCUGUCGGGAAAAUGUUGUGGAUUCGUCGCGCCUUGGAAUCGGCGGACUCGAUGAAAAUAUGGCAAUUCCCCCGGAGGCUUCUGAAAAUCAGUCUGUCGGGAAAAUAAUGUGGAUUAUCGUCCAUUAUCGCUUUGCGAUGGCUAGCCGCGGCUAGAAAUUAGGUGCGCUACUGCGACGAGGCCGGACGUUUUGCUGCGACAAAUCCACAUUAUUUUUCCGACAGAGUGAUAUUAGUCUGUCGGGAAAAUAAUGUGGAUUUUUUGUGCCCUGAAAUAACCCAUAAGCGUCUACGACGGCUAGCCGCGACCGGCGAUUUGAUGACUGCGGCGAGGACAAACAGAGAUAUUUUUCUGCGACAAACUGAUAGUUUUGCCUUGUCGCUAUUUGCGGAUUUUUGCGACAUAUCGCGGCAAGGUCUUCACACCGUGCAGUCAUGUCAAGACCAUAUGUAGAUGAGAGUGUCGCAACUUCGCGAUAACGAUAAUUAAUGGCCAAUGCCGCUUUUGUCGAUCUGUCGGAAAAGUAGUGAGAAAAAAUGUCGCUGCGCCAUGAUGAUAGGCGAUUCCAAGGCGCGGCCUUGGCCACUAUUUUGCCGACAGGAUGACAUCAAGACUUCUUGCCUCUAUUAUCAGUCUGUCGGGAAAAUAAUGAGCACAAUGUCGCCGCGCCAGUCGCGUUGCUGAAGUGAAACGCAGUUUGACUUUGUCGCGACACAAUUCAUUUUCUCGGCGACGAUGCGAUUUUCGAUCCAACAGAGUGCUCAUUAUUUUCCCGACGGACUUUAUAUUUUGAAUGGGCAUGUUGAAGAAUGCGCUUGAAUAUAUACAUAUGUAUACAUAUAUGUAUAACCUCUAUAUUUCAGCAAGAACUACCGCAGAGCCUUCCAAGAACAAUUCUUCAUUCUAUUGCCGUGCCUGUGGCCGUUCAAGGGCGUGAUAAAGAGCGUUGACUACACACCUUCAAUGAUUGUUACAAGCAGCAAGAUAUAAUCGCAAAUAAAGUUAAUAUUAUGGACAUCAUUUUUUUGCUAUUUUUAUGUACCACAACAUCUAUUACAACUGUCUUUUCCGGAUGUCUACGACAUUCCCUGACCACUGAAACCCUUCCCUACGUGUUGCUAUUCCGGUAAAGGGCAUUUUACCCCACAAACAACGCAAGCAUUGUGCUUUAAUUGUCUCAAAGUUCCCAUGAAGGGUUGAAAACAAAACAAAAACGUAACAACUUCACGUUAUUCGUGUCGUUUCCUUCGCCAUGAGCAUCUCUUUGCGUAUAUUUUAAUUGGCUUGGGAUAGGUGUGUUAGUUUGGAAAUUGGAAAAUACCGUUAUCCUUCAAAAAACCGUGAGAUUUUCUAUCGAUAUAAAAAGAAUAGCGGCCGUAACUCCACGAGGAAAUUGCAGCGUUUUCAUUGCAAGUGCUGCACUAAAAGUUGGUGGAAAUUUUAUCUGAACUAAGGGGUUGCAGUAGCCCAAUUUUUGCCCGCGAGUAGCUUUGUUUUUGAACACGAUUUCAUAUACUGAAAACCGAGUCCUUGAACAUGAUGUGGCAGCAACCGAGUUUUUGAACGCGAUUCUACUAUAACCCAAUUCUUGAACCCGAGUAUAGUACCCCAAUUUUUGCGCUGCUUUCAAGCGCAAUGUUACAGCAACCCAAUGCUGGAGCGCGAUUUAACGGCAACCUAGUUUUGAGCACAGCGUUGCAGUAACCGACUCUUUAUACAUAAUGCUACAGUACACAGCAUUCCGAACUUUUUUCGCCGGUGUCCAAAAAAAUAAAAAAAUAAAAAGUGGUUAUCACGUUUUUAUAUGCGUACGGCUACCAGAAGAUAUACCGACAAAAAGAAAAAAAAUCCGUAUGUAGAGGAACCAAUUUCCUUUCAGAAUAUAUAAAUUUUGUUACCAGCAUGCUUGCAACCGUUGAGAGAAUCGGCAUUGAAGAAAGGGAUAUUUCAAUUUUGAAUGCCAAAAAAUGUACUUUCUUGGGGUCGACAAAAAAGAUGGUGGAGCAAGCAAAAAAUGGCCAAAAUCAAGCAUUUUUUGGCUCUAACUUUGCUCAAACCCCCACAAAAAUCUUGAAAUCACGGUAUGUUGUAGCCCUUGAAAUUCUCUUCACGAUGGACUCCACCAUCUUUUUUGUCGACCCCAAAAAAGUACAUUUUUUUGGCAUUCAAAAUUGAAAUUUCCCUUUCUUCAAUGCCGAUUUUCUCGACGGUAGCGAGCAUGCUGGUAACAAAAUUUAUAUAUUCUAGAAGGAAAUUGGUUUCUCUACAUACGGAUUUUUUUCUUUUUGUCGGUAUAUCUUCUGGUAGCCGUACAUAGACAUGGCUGGUCGGCCGGCCCGGGCCGAAAAUCUCGGCCCGGCCCGUCGGCCUGAAGGGUUCCGGCCGGCCCGGCCCGUUUCAAAUUUUCCAUCGGCCCGGCCCGGCCCGUUCUAAAUUUGCUUCGGCCCGGCCCGGGCCAGCCCGGGCCGGCCCAUUGAAACAAAAGUCUCCCCAAGUCUAACUCCUUAUGACCAAAUUUUUUUUCUAUCAUCAUGUAAAUGGAUAAAUACUGUGUUCCAUAACUAUCUAAAAACAAAAAUACCUUUAAAAAAACCAAUUGUGUCUUGACAUUUCGUUUAUAUUCAUUAUCAAACCCACUUUUCGCUUCGAGAUUCUGGAUUUUAACUAUUCCGGGCCGGGCCGGGCCGAAACGCCGGCCCGGCCGACGGGCCGGAAAUGGUCCGGCCGGCCCGGCCGACCUGAAAUCCGGCCGACGGGCCGAAAUUUCGGCCCGGCCCGCGGCCCGGCCCAGGCCGGCCCGGGCCGGCCCGGCCCGGGAGCCAUGUCUAGCCGUACACAUAUAAAAACGUGAUAACCACUUUUUAUUUUUUUAUUUUUUUGGACACCGGCGAAAAAAGUUCGGAAUGCUGUGCAGUAACACAUUUUUUGAACCUAGUUAACCUAGUUCUUAUCAGUUUCUUGGGAAAAUAGCGGCAGGACGUCGCUCCUUGUAGUCGCCCAUCAUCGCUUUGGCACGCUAGCCGCAGCUGGAAGUUUGUUCCGCGACUGCACCAUUUUUUUUUGAGGAGGCGAAAUAUUUUGCUACGACGACCCACCACUAUUUUUCCGACAAACUGAUAAAACACGGUGUAAGAGCAACCAACUUCCUAAAUGCUACGUUACAAUAACUUAAUAUUUCAACGCGGUGUUACAGUAAACGUUUUUUUGAACGCAACUUUACAACAAUAAAGUUUAAUAAUGUUGCAGUAAUCCUUGCCGAUUGUGGAAUAGGCGUGUUGCUCAAAUCCAUGGUUUCUGUUCAACGUGCUCCUCAAGUCCAUGGUUUUUGUUGUGGAUGUUUUUUAUAGCCUUUACUCCUAUGAAUGGCCCGAUUUAUCCCAUCCGUCUGCACGUUUUACCCCUUCAACGACAGUGUUUUAUGGUUACUUAAUUCUUUGGACGUUCCCAUGAAGGGCUGACCGAAAACACAUCUCCCACCUUGUUUCGUCGCCACGUGUCUUUAUGGAGACGGUUAUGAGUAUACUGUCCUUGGCUAUUGCCUUGUUCGGAAUCUUCGGGAACUGGAAUAUCAUAUGGGUGUCGAUCAGAAAACCGUAAGAUGUCAUAUCAUUUUUUUUUGGGUUUUUCUGUAUGAUAAGAAGAUUGGACCUUUAAAUUUCUAUUGAGAUUUCACUUUGUAGCUCUUGAAAUUCUUUGUAUGUUGGACAACAACGUGGCUUUUGGUAGAGGACAUGAGAAAGGGCAUUUCUUCGACAUUUACGGUCAAAAUUUACGUGUCUCUAGUCUUUUGUGGCCGUUUUAUAGACAGUAAUAAGUAUGCGGUCUGAUAGCAAAAUCUAUGCAUUCAGAAAGGAAAUGAGAAAUACUGGAAACCUAGUCUGUUCCAAAAAAGAAAUUUGAGAGCUGCACUUUUAGCUGUCUCGUUGCUAAAAAUGGAGUGGUAAAAUACGUCCUGUGGCGCAUAGUUCUUCUUCACUGUCAUCGCUUGACAGAAGUCCGGCUACUAGUCCGUUCCUAAAAUCGCUCGAGUUAUUUUUGGCGUCUUCGCUGCGCAAAAAAAGUUAGGGUGCAAGCGACAGCCCAAAAAAUAGCAUGGUGCAAAAAGCAAGAAAUUGAACAGUACAAAGUGCACUUCCGUUUUUUUCUCACACUGCAUGCCACAAAAAUCACUUCAGCGACUUUCAGAACGGACUGGAAUUUUCUCUCCACAGUUGCAAAAUUGCUUGAUUCAAUAGUCCGUGGAGUAGGCUACUUGCCCAUACCGUAAGAUAUUCGUCUGUCGGGAAAAUAAUGAGCACUCUGUCGCAUCGAAAAUCGCAUCGCCGCACGUCAAACUGAGAUAAGCUAAAACGGUCCGGUGAACAGAUCGUCGAUUCGCCAAAAAAGACGUGAAAAAACCUUUUGUCGGGGAAGAAAUGGGGAGUUUUUGGGGUGAGAGAGCACGUUUUUCCGCGCCUUUUUCUCUGACAUCUCUGUGAAAUCAAGACGAAAUGUAAAAAACCGAUAGCAAAGAGUCUAUUUUGGUCACCGGACUCCUCAGCAUGACGUGCGCCGCCGAGAAAAUGAAUUGUGUUGCGAUAAAAACAAUUUUCUUUUCACUUCAGCAACGCGUUCGGCGCAGUGACAUUGUACUCAUUAUUUUCUCGACAGGCUGAUAAGUUACUCAUGGUCAAGUUCGCAACCUGGCCAUGCCUGGGCUAGUCUAUCCAGCGUAGAUUCAAGGAACGUUGGCCAGAUGAAAGCAGUUGUGUCCAAGAGGAAAAAAAACUUGACUAAUGGUCGUUGAGGUGACAAACAAUGACUUUCGUCUCCCAAAAGACCUAGUUUGGUGUCCCAUUAGCAUACAGUUACUACUGAGCAUUUUAAAAAAUACGGUCGAUUCAGAUAUUCAUUCACACAAUUUUUUUUAUGUUAGAACACAACAACAAGCCUAAUCCUCACCUUUUGCAGCGGACUUCGCGGCACAUGCAACAUCUUUGUUGCAUUCGCAGCGGCCGGCGAUAUUUUACAUCAGACAUCGCAGAUAACCUCCGCAUACUACAAAUUCGUUCAAGAUGGGAAUGUCACUCAAAUCGAUUGUUUUCGUUCAAUGUGUGUGCCUCUGUAUGGUGCGUUGUUCACGCCGUGCAUGUUGCUAUUCGUCUCGUUCGACCGACUUCUCUGUGUGUCUAAGCCGUUGGCGUAAGUGAGAGGGGCAAUAAAGCGGGCUUUUAUAAUAUCUAAAAAUUUUGCAAUAUCGGUAUGUCGGGAAAAUAAUGAGCACUCUGUCGCAUCGAGAAUCGCACCCGAGAAAAUAAAUUGUGUUGCGGAAAAAUCAAAUUUCUAUUCACUUCAGUGACGCGAUCGGCGAUAUUGUGCUCAUUAUUUUCCCGACAAACCGGUAAAAAAUCGGCAAGAAUUUUGCAUCCGAGAAGUAGCCCUUCAAAACGGAAUUUUUUUUUUGUAGUAGAGGGAGGCAUUUUGCCACAUUUUUUGAUACUUCCCUGAUGCAAAAUGCUAUGUUUUUUGCCACUGGAUCAAGUCGGUUACUGUAGCUUUGCUACGGCCAGCUGCAGCAGGAAAUUUGGUGCCUGACGGCCCUUUCUUCUCGGUGAGGCGAAAAAUUGAAUUUUUCUGCGACGACUCACCACUAUUUUCCCGACAUUUUUCCCACACGUUGCGGCAGAACUCCCCCUUUUUCUGAACUCUCCCCCAAUCUAAACUCUCCCCCAAAAAAGGCGGAACUCUCCUCCUUUUUUGAUUUACACCAAAAAAUCUGAACUCUCCAUUUUUUUGAACACUCCCCCAUUUUGAAAAUUGAAAAAACGAGAGGUGUGACACCUAAUUUUUCUCAAUUUGAAAAAAAUUUCCAUCGUAUAAGAUGUCACACCUCAUUUUUCUCAAUUUGAAAAAAAAUUCCAUCGUAUAAGAUGUCACACCUCAUUUUUCUCAAUUUGAAAAAAAUUUCUAUCGUAUAAGAUAUCACACCUCAUUUUUUCCAAUUUGAAAAAAAAAUUCAUCGUAUAACAUGUCACACCUAAUUUUUCUCAAUUUGAAAAAAAAUUUGAUCGUAUAACAUGUCACACCUCAUUUUUCUCAAUUUGAAAAAAAAAUUUGAUCGUAUAACAUCUCACACCUCAUUUUUUCAAUUUAAAAAAAAAUUUCAUCGUAUAACAUGUCACACCUAAUUUUUCUCAAUUUGAAAAAAAAUUUCAUAGUAUAACAUGUUACACCUCAUUUUUUUCAAUUUUCAAAAUGAAGGGGAGUGUUCAAAAAGCGGGAGAGUUCAGAAAAGGGGGAGAGUUCAGGCUCAACCCACAUGACCAGCAGCUGCCCCAAUAAUUUCAAAACAUUCAAAAUGAAACGUUUCAGUUACUCCUCCAUUGCAAACCGAAAGUACAUGUUCUCAAUCAUCGCGGCAGCACUCCUUCUCCCUCUGCCCGUCUCAAUUUAUGGCUACCUCUCUGCCCAACGCUCCCCGGACUCCACGGUCACUUGUCUGCCGGUUAACGGGUACGCCGAUGAUGCUAUAACUAUUUUCUUGGCUUCGUCGUCGGCCACCAACAUCGUAACCCUUCUGCCGUAUGGAAUACUUUGGAUGCGGGUUAAAGUCAAAAAGUUUGACCGAAGCCGACAAACCUUGAAGUCGCUGACGAUUGUGAGCGUCGUAAUGAGCGGGUCCUACUUGUUCACGAACCUGUCGGGUACAGGUUGGUCGCUGCUUUUCGACAAAAUCCCGGACAUAGCGACGUCGGCGGCUGGAUUGGUGAUUAACUUGUGCAUCUCCAUGAAUUAUCCCAUCUUUUUCAUCGCAAAGUGA